AUGAUGCAAGCAGCUACUGUAGGUAUACCAUAUCCGCCGAUUUAUCAUCAUUAUCCUUACCUGCUUCAGCCAAUCGCCGCUUCGGACUGCUUAUAUCCUAUGCAGAACCAUCUGGUGCCCAAUCCCCACCCUAUUAUUCUUCCAGUCCCUGGAAUAAUCAAUCGGGUUUGGCACAAGAAUUUGGAGUCUGAGUUUAAGAAAAUCCGGAACUUACUCUUUUGGCCCGGUGAGCCCCAUACGCAUGACCGCUGCUUUCUUGCUUCUAUAGACACCGAAUUCCCCGGUCAACUUUCUGAAUCCGACAAAGGCCGUCUCCGAGAGCCCCAGUACAAUUAUGAGAUGAUGAAGAACAAUGUGAACGCCACCAACAUAAUCCAAUUGGGUUUGACUCUCUCGGACAGAUUCGGAAACUUCUACGUAUGGGAGUUCAAUUUCAGUGACUUUGAUAUCGAAAGUGAUAAUCAAAACAAGGUCUCAAUUGAGUUGCUCAAGACUCAUGGGACCGAUUUCCAGAGAAACAAGAAGGAUGGUAUUCCUUCCUCUAAGUUCGCAGAGUUGUGUCGGGGCUCUGGCCUGGUAGGAAACAGUUCAGAGGUUCAUUUGACAUGGGUGGGUUUCCAGAGUUCUUAUGAUUUUGGCUUCUUCACCAAGAUUCUCAGUGGGCAAAAGUUGCCAGACAACAUGCAUGGAUUCAUGAGAAAUGUGAAGAACUACUUUGGGCCUAGCGUGUUUGACAUGAAACACAUGAUCACGAGGUUCUGUUCCGGAAUUUAUGGGGGUUUGGAGAAGGUGGCAGAGACUCUCGGGGUUGCUCGGGCAGCCGGGAAGAGUCACAUGGCUGGUUCUGACAGUCUUUUGACAUUGCAAACCUUUCUCAAGCUUAUAGAUGUGUGUUUGAAGCCAGCAGAUUCUAACAGCAGCAGCAUUGAGACAUUGCAGAAGUUUACAAUGAAUAUGAGUUUUGUGAAUUCUUUUGUGAGUUCCCGCGCUCCUUGUGAUACAUGUUUGGCAAUGCAGGUGCGCCAAAAGCGUGUUGAGCGAAUUGCGGCAAUUAGUGCUUAUUUCGGUUUGUGUGUGAAAACACAGCGGAAUUUAGAGAUGGUGAACGAGAUCAGGUCACAGAUGGUGACUGCAAUUGGUGUAACAUUUUAA